GACGCACGACGUCCCGUGCGUGCGGGCGGCUGCGUCGGGCUGCAGGAGAAGAUGGCGGUCUCCACAGGAGUUAAAGUUCCUCGUAAUUUUCGCUUGUUGGAAGAACUUGAAGAAGGACAAAAAGGAGUAGGCGAUGGUACGGUUAGCUGGGGCCUUGAAGAUGAUGAAGAUAUGACACUUACAAGGUGGACAGGCAUGAUUAUUGGGCCACCAAGGACAAAUUAUGAAAACAGAAUAUACAGCUUGAAAGUAGAAUGUGGAUCUAAAUACCCAGAAGCUCCUCCAUCAGUUAGAUUUGUAACAAAAAUUAAUAUGAAUGGAAUAAAUAAUUCCAGUGGGAUGGUGGAUGCACGGAGCAUACCAGUGUUAGCAAAAUGGCAAAAUUCAUAUAGCAUUAAAGUUGUACUUCAAGAGCUAAGACGUCUAAUGAUGUCCAAAGAAAAUAUGAAGCUUCCACAGCCACCAGAAGGACAAACAUACAACAAUUAAUUUUAGUGGAUCUCAAACUUGUCUUAAAUCAACAACCUUCUACUCAUGUUAAUGUCUUGAUUAAAUAUCACAAUGCAAAAUACCCACACAUUAAGUAAAAGAAUUCCACCUGGUAAACAUAACCUGGACAUUUGUAUUAAAUAAGAAUAUAUUUAAUAUAUGUACACCCAUUAUGUUUUCAGGUAACAGGAGGAAAAAUGCACAAUUUUUUUCUCUUGUUAGGGCACUGUCAUUUAAACAUAAACCUGGAAUACUCGAGAUAGAAUUCAGGUUUACAAGAUGAAAGCGUGAAGAGAGGUGUCAGAUGGCAAUGGAAGCAUGUGUGUUUCUGAAAAGUUAAAAUCUCAAGAAGGAAUAACAGAAAUGGCAUGCAUUAUCCAUCUUGCUCAGUGAAAGAGCUGCAGGUGAAAUUGUUUAAAGUAGCAGGUACAAUGAAUAUUGUCACAAAUUGUGUUAAUUUUUGAAGCGGUGUGGGUGCUGACUACUAGUAGUAUCAAAAAUAUGUUCAGGAUUGUUUUGAUACCUGUAUUUAUAAUAAAAAAUGUUGGGGGGGUUGAUGAGUUUCUGUUAAAAGCUGUUCCUGUGUGUUACAUGUAACAGACAUGGUAAAUAUUUGUUUACAGUCUUUGUUGAACAAACCAUGCAUUGAAGUUUAAGUGAAGUCAACAAAAAUGAAAUAGGUGUAUGGAUAUGUGAUUUUGAGAUUAAAGUUAGUCUUAAAAUGUAAAUAAAAUGUGGAACGUGUGUCCUC